UAAGAAAGUUUCUGAAAGUUUUUGCUUGUGAUUUUUUAGUAAAAAGAGUUUUCAGUCAAUUUUCAAGCUUCAUUAAGAACAGACGAAAAAAAGUAAAUCAACAAAACUUAUAAUGAGUUAUCAAACUAUUAAAAUUUGCCUGUCGAUUGACAAUUGUAUCGAGAACUUUUACAUAAGACAUGAUAUCAAUAAACUUCAUUUUAAUAGUAAAUUAUUAAAGUUUAAGCAGAGUGUCAUUGAAUGUAAUCCAAAAGCUAAUUCUCCAAAUUUGAAAAUCCACUGGAUCGACGCAGAUAAUGAUGAGAUAUCGAUAACAUGCGAAGAACAUUUUGAAGUUUACUUACAAUUGGGAAAAGGACGAAAAAUCUUUAUCAAUGUUGCCAAGACUGAUCAGCAGCAAGAAGAGUCAAUUUCGAUUGAAUCAAGUUUUGUUGAAAUGCAGCAUGUCUGCAACUGUAACAAAGAUGAAGUCCAGAGCAAUGGAAACUUGGAAAAAGUUACAUGCCGUGAUGAACAAAUCAGAAUCUCGAAUGAAAUUGUCAAAUGCUUACAACUCUGUGAUUUCAUAUAUAAAGCUUUAAACGAGGCAAAUGCUGUGAUUCCACAACUUGUGGAAAAAGUUAAUGACAUCAGUGCCAAAAUUGACUCUACAGAUCAACAGCAACAAGCUGAAGUUCCUAUUAACACAAUAAAUAAAUCAAAGUUUAAUUGUCGAUUACUUGACUGCAACCCUGAUCAGGAAAUUAAUGAUUGGUUUAAGGAAGCAGGAAAUGAAUCGACUAAUGUUAAUAACACAAAAAUGGAACCAUCAACAUCGUCCAAUUUCACUGAAAUGACUCAAAUUGAAAGAAUUUUUAAAAACCUUGAUGAAUCAGCUAUGUCCGAUGUGACAAUUGUUGAUACGACUUCAUCUAAUCAUCUUGACUCAACUCUCAAUGAAGUAACUCCAUCAAAAUCUAUGGAAUCACUUGGAUCAUCAAUUGAAAUACAUGACGAUAGUUCCGUGUUGAGUGACGAUUCUCGUGACUGGACAAUUUUGUCACAAGAUGAAUUUAACACUGAACCAACUCCUAGAAAUGUAGAUGCAAAAACUGGUGCAGUUCCAAAAAGUUUUCAUCAGGCUUUCAUUGAUGACGAAAUUCCACAAAUUGAAUCUAUUUCGAAUAAAAACCGAACUUUUAGAUCUCGUUGGCGUGAAAUUGAUCAACAUAAAUUGAAAGCAUCUGCAGACAUUGACCAGAAGAGCAUCAAAAAUAUCCACAAAUCUAUAGACACGAUUGAUGUUGUAAAGUCUGAAAAUAGUCAACACAUUGACUCUCCACAUGAACAGGAUAAAUCAGCCACUGAAAAAGAAGUUCCCAUUGAACAUCCAGAAGUUAUUGCUGAUAUCGAUUCUGAAGUCAAUGGACAUCAUUAUGAGCAGCCUACAGCACCAAUAGCUCCAACAACAUCACACGAGCCUGUUGUCACUGCUUACGAUCCAAAUCCUAAAAUUAAUACAGCAGUCUAUACUUUAAUGAAAUUUGGAUUCUCUAAUGAAGAUAACUGGCUCACUCAGCUUAUGAUAAAUCUUGAUGGUGAUCUUUCUAAAGCUUUAAGUUUUUUAACCCCUCAACCGAAAUCUAAAAUCGUAGAUUUAGAAAAGUACAUGUUUAACGGCUGUUGAGUAUUUGAAAUUAAAAAUAAAGUGUUUCUUGUAGUAACGGA